UGCCUCGGUAAGUCUUUAACACCCAACUCUGUAAAUUUGCGGUUCAUCAAUAUCAGUGGUUAUAAUUCAUUCUGUGUUAGUCCCCAUAGUUUCGUCCUUGGUAAUUCGGAAUAGAUUCUUUUAGUUCAGAAUUUGAGCAACACUUUGAUAGCAAGAUUGUUUUUCUGUCAACCCAGUUUAGAUUUUGGAAAGGUAUCUGAGACCCUGUUGAAAUUUCAUGGAUACUUUACUGAAAACACAUAAUAAGCUUGAAUUCUUGCACCCACUGCAUGGGUUUUCAGAGAGAGUGAGCAAUUAUUCAAACCCUUCAAGGCUUCAAAAUCAGGAGCUUAGAUUUGGACCCAAGAAGUCUCAUCUGAAAUUGGGUAGGACUGCUUUUGUUAAGGCUAGUAGUAGUGCUCUUUUGGAGCUUGUGCCAGAGACCAAGAAGGAGAAUCUUGAGUUUGAGCUUCCACUGUAUGACCCGUCGAAUGGUCUUGUGCUGGACCUUGCAGUUGUGGGAGGUGGUCCGGCGGGGCUGGCUGUGGCACAGCAAGUUUCUGAGGCAGGGCUCUCAGUUUGCUCGAUUGAUCCAUCUCCCAAAUUAAUUUGGCCCAACAAUUAUGGCGUUUGGGUGGAUGAGUUUGAGGCCAUGGAUUUGCUUGAUUGCCUUGAUACUACCUGGUCUGGUGCUGUUGUGUACAUAGAUGACCAAACCAAAAAGGAUCUAGGUAGGCCUUAUGGGAGGGUUAACAGGAAACAGCUCAAGUCAAAAAUGCUACAAAGAUGCAUAUCAAAUGGUGUUAAGUUUCACCAAUCUAAAGUUGUUAAAGUUAUCCACGAGGAGUCCAAAUCCCUUUUGAUCUGUAAUGAUGGGGUGACAAUUCAGGCUGCUGUGGUUCUUGAUGCAACUGGUUUUUCCAGAUGCCUUGUGCAGUAUGACAAGCCAUAUAAUCCAGGUUACCAAGUGGCUUAUGGGAUUUUGGCCGAGGUUGAAGAACACCCAUUUGAUGUAGAUAAGAUGGUUUUUAUGGACUGGAGAGAUUCACAUCUGAAUAAUAAUGUGGGGCUUAAAGAGAGAAAUAGUAGAAUUCCUACAUUUCUCUAUGCAAUGCCCUUUUCAUCCAGCAGAAUAUUUCUUGAAGAAACGUCCCUUGUAGCUCGGCCUGGACUAUCUUUCAAAGAUAUUCAGGAAAGAAUGGUGGCUAGAUUAAAGCACUUGGGCAUAAAUGUUAAGAGCAUUGAGGAGGAUGAGCAUUGUGUCAUUCCAAUGGGUGGUCCUCUCCCAGUUCUCCCUCAAAGAGUUGUUGGAAUUGGUGGUACAGCUGGAAUGGUGCACCCUUCUACUGGAUAUAUGGUAGCGAGAACUUUGGCAGCGGCUCCUAUUGUUGCAAAUUCCAUAGUUAAGUACCUAGGUUCUGAUAGAAGUCUUCCAGGAAAUGAACUGUCUGCACAAGUUUGGAAAGAUUUAUGGCCCAUACAGAGGAGGCGACAAAGGGAGUUCUUCUGUUUUGGCAUGGAUAUUCUGCUAAAGCUUGAUUUGGAAGCCACACGGAGGUUUUUUGAUGCUUUCUUUGAUCUAGAACCCCGUUACUGGCAUGGAUUCCUAUCGUCUCGGCUGUUUCUUCCUGAGCUUAUAUUUUUUGGGCUUUCACUAUUCUCUCAUGCAUCUAAUACUUCUAGGAUAGAGAUCAUGGCAAAAGGAACUCUUCCUUUGGUAAACAUGAUCAACAACUUGAUACGGGAUAGAGAUUAGGUUGACUAUGAUAUUUUACCUUCUUGUUUGCUGAAUUUGUUGUAAAUCUGCAUUUUUAUGAUUAUUUUGCUUGCAACAUUAUGCACCAGUUGUAACACCAUUAUAUUAUAUUGCAGUGGAAAAAAAUUUGCUCGAAGUGUUUAAAUUUA